CCAAGAAAAAAGGAUGCUUAAACCAUAAGAAAGCCAAAUCUCAAAUCUCUCUCUCUUCUUUUCUUAAUUGGGUGGGGGAUUUAUUAAAGGAAACCAUUUUUUACAGAUAAAAAAAAAAUAAAAAUAAAAAAGGAAAGGUUUUUAAUAACCAGAUGAUGAUGAUGAUGAUUUGAAGAAAACCCUCCCUCCCCUCUCUGUUUCUUUCUUCUAAUUUCCUACAUUUCCUCAUCUGGGUCGGUCUCGUCUCAUCUCCAACAAUGAUUUGAAGAUCACCCAAAAUUCGCUACUAUUUUUGAUUAGGACAACAACAAUAUGUAUCUGAUUCCUCCGUCUUAGUAGAUUUGCAGACAACAACAACAACAGCAGAUAUAAAGAAAAGAGCUUAAAAAGAUGGAAUCGGAUCUGGGGAAGCUCUUCGUUGGUGGGAUUUCGUGGGAUACAGAUGAAGAAAGGUUAAGAGACUAUUUUAGCAACUACGGUGAUGUUGUUGAAGCUGUGAUCAUGAGAGACCGUGCCACUGGUCGUGCUCGUGGCUUUGGUUUCAUUGUUUUCUCUGAUCCUUGUGUUGCUGAGAGAGUCAUCAUGGUCGACAAACACAUCAUCGAUGGCCGCACGGUUGAGGCGAAGAAGGCCGUGCCUCGAGAUGAUCAGCAGGUGCUAAAACGACACGCUAGUCCUAUCCACCUUAUGUCACCUGUCCAUGGUGGUGGCGGUGGUGCAAGGACAAAGAAGAUCUUUGUUGGAGGUUUACCGUCCAGCAUUACCGAGGAAGAGUUCAAGAACUACUUUGAUCAGUUUGGUACUAUUGCUGAUGUUGUGGUAAUGUAUGAUCAUAACACGCAGAGGCCCAGAGGGUUUGGUUUCAUUACUUUUGAUUCAGAUGAUGCUGUUGACAGAGUUCUUCUCAAGACCUUUCAUGAGCUCAAUGGAAAACUAGUUGAGGUCAAAAGAGCGGUACCUAAGGAGAUUUCCCCUCCUGCUUCUUCUAGUAACCGAAGCCCGCUUCCUCUCGGUGUUAACUAUGGUGGAGGCGUGUCUAAUAGGAUGUCUGCUAAUAGCUACUUUAACAACUUUGCUCCUGGUCCUGGUUUUUAUAACAAUCUAGGAGGCUCUGUUGUUGGUGGUCGCUUUAGUCCUGUUAUUGGUAGUGGUAGAAAUGCGGCUUCUGCUUUCGGCCUCGGUUUGAAUCAUGAACUGAGUUUGAAUUUGAAUCCUAGCUAUGAUGGGACUACUUCUACAUUUGGGUAUAACCGGCUUCCAAGCAACCCUUACUUCAACGGUGCUUCCCCAAACCGUUACACCUCUCCAAUCGGGCACAAUAGAACUGAUUCUCCUUACAAUUCUAACAAUAGAGGCUUAUGGGGAAACAGAACCGAUACUGCAGGUCCCGGUUGGAACUUGAAUGAAAACAACAGAGGAAACUGGGGACUUCCUUCUUCUUCUUCUGCUGUUGCUAAUGAUAACAGUGGCGGCUAUGGAAGAAACUUUGGGACAGGUUCUGGACUUUCCUCGUCCCCAUUUAACGGUUUUGAAGGUUCUAUAGGGGAAUUGUACAGAGGGAGCUCGGUUUACAGCGACUCAACGUGGCAGCAACAGCAGCAGCAGCUACCAUCUCAGUCUUCUCACGAGCUAGACAAUUUGUCUCGCCCUUACGGCUAUGACAUUGACAAUGUAGGUUCAGACCCAUCUGCAAAUGACUCAGAAGGAUACAAUGGAAGCCACGAUGUUGGAAAUAGACAAACUAAUAGAGGUAUUGAGGCAUAGGUUAUCAAAAACCAAGAAAGAAAAAAAAAAGAAGUUGAGAGAGAUUUGUAAAUUGAAAAGCAACCAAUUUCAGUUGCAGAGAGUGAAGAGGUUCUUCUCAUGACAAAGAAACCAACUUUGUUGAUCACACAGUGUGAGUCCUUUGCCAAAGAUUCUGGUUUUGCUUUCUCUUUGUUAGACCAAAAAAAUACCAAAAGGGAAAACAAAGAACAGUUUUAUA